AUGAUUACUAACUCAAAUAUUAACUCAAAAAGGAAUAUUAAUUAGACAUUAAAUAUCGAAGAUUAAAUAAAUGAUGCUGAAGCUUAAAACCUAGGAGAAAAGACAAAAAAGAAAUAAAAAAAGGGUACUUCUCUCUAAGGAAGACCUGCUAAAGCUAGUACAGAUUUAAGAAAAAUGGAAGAAUAAAUUAAAAAAGCUGCUUGGAGAAUCGCAGAAUUCGAAGAACAUUUGUAUAUUUACUUUGGUGGUGCUUAAGCCUCACAUAAAUAGGAAGAUUGCAAUAAUGCAUUAGAAUAUUUUAAUCAGAUAUUCAAAAAUGUAGAUGCCUAAAAUUGGCUCAAGUAGAUGAUAGAUGAUUGGAAUCAAAAAAAAUCAGAAUUAAUUGAUCCUAUUGGAUAAGAAUAUGUCCCUCUUAGCGAUAGAUACUUCUUGAAUGAAUUGAUUUCUAAUGAAGACUAAAAACAAACAAUUAAAGUGGAACUUAUGAAAUUUUUGACCAUUUAUGCAUUUUAAAUCUUCUUACGUACGAAUUAAGAAUGCUUUUAAUUUAUUGUUUAAAUGCUGUAUUUAAUUUAUCAGAAAGUCGAAGUUGAUAAUGAAGAUUCAGUAGGAAUUUCAACAGGAUUAAGUAAAGAGAAAAUAGACUAAAUUCUUAAAAGUAACUAUAAAUAAAAUGAAGAAUUUUUAAAAUGUCAAAACAUUUAUAGUUUACUUUAUCCUGUGAUGCAGGAUACUUAUUUACACUUCUCUAGUCAUAAAAAAAUAAAAAUCGUAAAACAAAUAUGA